UUGCUGGAGCUCAUUUUCUGCAACAUUCUCGCCACAAAUAGCUUUGGCGAGCUGAAAAUAGCACUGCUGGAGAUAGCCAGCAUGUAAACUAUGCAGACUCCGCGGUGAUCGCACCUUAUAAAAGGUUUUAUAGCCGUCUAGUUGGCCCACGACCGACCGACUCAGCGGAGGCGGAUUGUUGGACUCCAAGCGCCGCUGAGAAUGCCGGAAGAUUACGCCGCAGACCACCCCUUGUUUGGCGGUGCAAUUUCCAGUACAUUUCCCCUUAGGUUUCAGGAUGUCAGCAACAUUCGACAAGUUCCUGAUCAUCAGGAGGUUUUUGUGGACCCGGCUCGUGAUGAGAGCUUGAUAUUUGAACUCUUGGAUUUGAAACUUGAUGUUGCUGAUACUGGAAGUGCCACCUGGUUUCUUCAAGACCUUGCCACUGAACAAGAAGCUGAAGGAACUAUGCUAAUUGAGCAGUCUGGAGUCAUUGAGGCUGAUGGGUUGUGUUUCAGAAAUAUCCCUGCGGUUAUUACAUCUGCAGUUGGCCAGAUGGCCAUCUCUAAGGGGCGCCAAGGAAGGGAAGCUCAAAAUAUAGUUAGGGUAUAUUUGGCAAAUUUGCGACUUAAGGAGGUUGGCACUGAUGUCUUAAUCACAGCAUACGAACCCGUUGUGAUAAACCCUUUGAGCGAAACUGCUAGCACAGUUGGUGCCGGUCUGGCUGUGCCAGCCAUACAGUCUGGAUGCAUGCCGAUGUCUGAGGUUUUUAAACUUGCGCUUUCUAGCUUCAAGGUGAAUGACUGGAGCCUUUUUGGUGCUGCUUGACAAGUUUUAAAUGGCACACUAUGAACGGGGAUAACUACUUUCAGUCUUGAUCCAGUGUAAAAUCGGCCGUUUGAAUCCUUGUUUUCAUAUCAUUUACAUGUUAAUUAGCUUUGUGCUCAGAGCUACUAUUUAAUGUAACACUCUGUGGAUUGAAGGCUUCGUUUGUUUAGUUUUAGCUUUAGGGAACAAAUGUGGAAAAUGUGAGAUGGAAAGGGACAAGGUGAUCUAUUGGCAUAUUGUCUUAUGUACCAAUUGCUCUGCUCAGUAUCAGUUCAAACUUUCACCUGAGCUUAAAACUUU